UGUGUUUCCAAAAUGGCGGCAGCGAUGGAUGUGGAUACCCCCAGCAGCACCAACAGCGGCGAGGGCAAGAAGAGCUUUGAAGUGGAAAAGUGGAACCCACUAGCCCUCUGGGCCUGGGACAUCAUUGUGGUUGAUAACUGUGCCAUCUGCAGGAACCAGGUUAUGGAUUUUUGCAUAGAAUGUCAGGCGGGCCUGGUAUCUGCCACUUAUGAAGAGUGCACCAUUGGGAGGGGAUUUUGUAAUCAUGCUUUUCACUUCCACUGCAUCUCUCGUUGGCUCAAAACACGGCCCGUGUGUCCGCUGGACAAUGGAGAGUGGGAAUCCCAAAAGGAUGGGCACUAG